UGGGCCAAGCUGGGCUUGUCUCAUUAUCGAAAUCAAUACCACCUGGCGUAAAUUCCAACCAACGUCAACUUUUUGGCUGCCCAUCAUCGAGACUCAUUGCUUAUAUGGGUGCGGCUGCCGAUUGUACAUACACUAAAUUCUAUAAUUCAAUAUCAAAUGCAAUGUAUCAAAUUUUAAACGACUGGAAUGCCGCAUCGGCGGUAUACGAAAGCACGUUCAAUGUUUCUCUUGGACUCAUUGAAACCUUGCAAUACCAAUUAUCCCAUCAACAUGAGAUUAAGUGACUUCUCACAAUGGCGGGGAAGCAAAGGUGACGAUGGUGCAGGUCUGUGGCAUUUGCUGACACAAUGCGCAACUGGGUCCAAGGUCGGCAUAGCAUGGCUAGGACAACUAUGCACUACUGAUGUUAGCCUUCAACAACAAGAUGGAGGAAAUGAAUACGUUUCUGGAACAGGAGUGUCGUCAAUUACUCGAGAAGAAUGGAAAGUAGUUGCCCAUGAGAUUGGCCAUGGAUUUGGAGCAAUACAUGACUGUACUGCAGCGACAUGUCCUUGUCAAGGCGAUUGCGGGUGCUGCCCUUUGAGCUCGACCACUUGCAAUGCAAAUAGUCUAUACUUGAUGAAUCCAACGAGUAACGUAACAACGAAACAAUUUAGUCCUUGUUCGCAGUCAUACAUUUGUAACUCCAUGCUCAGUAUUGGUUACUGCUUGCGUCCUCCUGGAUAUGUAAAUACUAAAGCGAAGCCGAUCUGUGGAAACGGUAUUCGCGAACCAGGGGAAGACUGUGACUCGGGCGGGAUCGAUGACCAUUGCUGCAAUGGAAGAACGUGCAAGUUUAAGGGCAACGCCACCUGCGAUGAUUCUAACGACGCAUGUUGCCUCAAUUGCAAGUAUAAGCCGUCAACGGAAAUAUGCCGGCCAGCUGCAUCGGAUUGUGAUAUUCCCGAGUAUUGUACUGGUAACGCGCCGAUGUGUCCUACCGACGUGCAUUUGACAGACGGAGUAUCAUGUGGUAACAGUACUACACUCAAGUGCGCUUCUGGCCAAUGCACUUCUAGAGAUGGCCAGUGUCAACUUCGAGGCGGGAGAAUGAAUAUAUCGCAAGCAUGUAGCUACAACAGCAACACAUGCCAGCUGAACUGUCUCGAUCCUACUGACAGCAGCCAAUGUGUUAUUUUGACCGGUCAAUUUUUGAACGGUACUGAGUGUGGAUAUGGAGGCUAUUGCCAAGGAGGAACAUGCACGAACAGUAGUUUAACAAAUGCUGCCACAAGCUGGGUUGAUAGCCACAAAGGCAUUGCAAUACCUUUAUUUAUCAUUCUUGCUCUACUCGUCCUAUUUGUCCUAUUUCAGUGCGGAGUAUACCAAGCCAGAGCCUUUCAACGGAGGAGAAUCUUGGCUAGAGCAAAGCAAUUUUCUCCAAAAUCCGCUGCGAGCCGGGCAACUCAGAACUCUACGAAAGCCACAGACGCCCAAGAUUCUUUCUCGAGAUCAGAUCGUAAUAGCCUGGGAAACAACUAUGAAAUGGAUCAUUGGAAAUACGUUCCGAAUGGUUCAAACAGAUAGCACAGCCCGAAGGC